AUAAAAAUUAUAUAAAAAAAAUAAAUAAAUUAAAAAAUAGUAAAACAAUAUUAUUAUUUUUCAUUCAUUCUUUAAUUCAGCAUAAAUAAAGACAAUUAAUUUACUAUGGAGCUUGUUCUAACCUAAAAGCAAAUCAGAAAAUCAUUUGAAAACAUUAAAAUGAACCCAAAUUUAGAAGAGGAGCGCAAAAAGUGUUCAAUUAAUGUUUUCGAGCUAGCUAGUUUCCUUCACUCUAACACAGACUCUUUAGACUAAUUCUUGCUUAUAUAAAAGAUGUUUGAGGAAGACCCUCUCUUAAAAUUCAAACCUGAGGACAUUGGAGCUUCUACUGAAAGAACUCAUAUUUUAAUUGCUUAGAGAAAUGCAUGUAUCAGCAAAAUUCUUAAAGCUGAAAAAAACAUUUGGAUUGAAAAUUACAUUAAUUGUAUGGUUGAUUUGCCAGUUUCAAGUAGUGUUCAUAGCAGUGUCUGCAUUCCAUACUUAAAGCUUCUUGCAAGUGAUGAGUAAUUAGCAACAAUAUUACCUAAGGCUGAAGCAUUCUAGAUAUAAAUUUGUUACUGUUCUGCUGAAUUAGCUCAUGGAUCAGACUUAAACAGUGUUUAAACAGAAGCUCAUUAUGAUGAAUAAACUGAUGAAUUUAUCAUCAAUACUCCUCAUCACGGAGCAACAAAGUGGUGGAUAGGCGAUUAUGGAAAGCUAGCAACACAUGGAAUUGUGUUCUCUCAAUUAUUUGUAAACAAAGUAAAACAAGGAGUUGCUGCUUUCCUUAUACCUAUUAGAAAUACUUCCUAAUAAGCAUAACUUCUACCAGGUAUUGUAGUAGGAGAUGUUGAAACUAAGCAUGCAGGUGCAUAAAAUGAUAACGGUUUCGUUAGAUUUAAUUAGCUGAGAGUCACUAAAGAAAGUUUACUCUAAAGGUAUAUUACUCUAAACAAAAAAGGAUAGGUUUAACUAUAAGAAAACAAAAAGAUUUUGCUUUCCAACAUGAUAUAGAAAAGAAUAGGACAUGUAUUAGAAUUAGGUCUACUAUUGGCUCAAGCUUCUACUAUUGCAGUUAGAUUUAGUUUAGUUUAAGAUAGAUAUUAUAACGACUAAUUUGGAACAAAGUAUAUCAAGAAUUUAGAUUAUUAGGUUAUUUAAUAGAAAGUUCUUCCUUAGCUUUCUCAAUCUUAUUUAAUUCUUUUGACUUGGUUUGAAAUGAAAAAUCUCUCAUAAAGAAAUAUUGAAUUAUGCUAAAAAGGAGACUUUUCUAUUUCCAGUGAAGUAAAAGCUAUUUCAAAUGGCUUAAAGGCUCUUACAUCUAGAUUGUCCUAUAUUGGUGUAGAAAAUUUAAGAUAGGCAUGUGGUAACGUUGGACUUUCCUAAUACUCAGGAUUCAAUCAAAUUUUAUCUAAGAUUUCAUCUUUCCCUCUUUAUGAGGCUGAUUCCGUCAGCUUAUAAGAAUAUACAGCCAAGUUCCUUUAAAAGAAAUUGAAAGAUAAAAACGACGAAUCUCCCUUUACUAAAUUUUUAAAUCAUUAAAGAGUUUAAUCUAAGUGCAAUUUACUGAGUGAGCAUGAAUAUGAAGAUCUUACAAAUCUUUUGUUUAUUUUGGAGCAAAGAGCUCAAUUUUUGGCUUUAACCCUUUAGAAAAAGAUUGAAUAAUAAGAAAUUGCCAACAAAACAAAAUAAACCAGUCUUGAAUCAACUGAAAGCUUGACAGCUGAAUUGUCUGAUGCUUUCACAGAUACAGUCUUAUUAAGAUCAUUCAAGAAAAGAAUUACCAAGAUAAACUAAGGCUAAUUCGAUAUAAUUGAAUCAUUCAAGUCUAUGGGUAUCAUUUAUGCCUUAGGAAGAAUAAUAAAUACCGUUUCUGAUUAUAUUUAAUAUGAAUACAUCUCUGUUAAAUAGCUCAAAUUAAUUAAUUAAGUGUAUAAGAAGCACUUACUAAAGCUAAGAGCUAAUGCAAUUGGUUUAGUAGACUCAUUCUCUCUUUCAGAUAACUCUAUUAAAUCAGCUAUCGGAGUUUUUUCAGGAUAAGCCUAUGAAACACUUAACGAUUGGGUUUAAAAUAAGAAUCCUAAUAACUCAGAAGAUGAAAAGAGAAUAGUUAAUAGUGCUAUUGUGCAAGCAAGAUCUUAAUUAAUUUAAUAAUAACCAAAGUUUUGAACAAAAUAAACUUGAUAUUUCCUUCUAUAUUAAUAAAUAAUAUAAAUUUAAUUAGUUUCUGUA